AUGAAGACACCUAUGCGCCAUGGGGUAGCCGUGCUUCUCGUGCUCCUCCUGUGUGCCAGCUUGUUCCUUGUGUACAACGGCAACUUCAGCAGCGCUUCCAGGGACUCUAACGAUACUCACAUCCGACAGCAUGAACAGCUGCGGCGGCCCACUGAAGCCUCCGUCAGGGUGGCCAAGCCUCACCCCCCGGUCCUCCAGGGAUACAGUGGCAUCAUCGACCAUAAGCCUCUCAAGAUGCACUGCCAGACCUGCGCCCUGGUGACCAGCUCAGGUCACCUCAUUGGAGGCGGUCGGGGUGAAGAGAUCGACAAGGCUGAAUGUGUCAUUCGCAUGAACGACGCUCCCACCGCCAGGGGUUACGCCCAUGAUGUCGGCCGACGCACUUCCCUGCGCGUCAUUGCUCACUCCAGCAUGCAGCGGGUCCUGCGGAGUCGCCAUGAGCUGCUCAAUGCCAGCCAGGACACAGUAUUCAUCUUCUGGGGCCCCAGCAGCUACAUGAGGCGUGACGGGAAGGGCCUGGUGUAUAACAACCUGAGGCUGAUGAACCAGGUGCUACCCAAACUCAAAGUCUACAUCAUUUCCUGGCAGAAGAUGCUGCAGUUUGAUGAGCUCUUCAAGAAGGAAACUGGCAAGGACAGGAGGAUAUCAAACUCCUGGCUGAGCACCGGCUGGUUCACUAUGACCAUCGCCCUCGAGCUGUGUGAUAGGAUCAAUGUCUACGGCAUGGUUGCCCCCGACUUCUGCAGGGAGCCUCAGCACCACUCCGUGCCCUACCACUAUUACGAGCCACGUGGCCCAGACGAGUGCGCCAUGUACAUAUCUCAUGAGCGCGGGCGGCGCGGCAGCCACCACCGCUUCAUUACAGAGAAGCGGGUCUUCGCCAACUGGGCACGGACAUUUGACAUCCACUUCUACCAGCCGGACUGGAGCCCUCCACCACUUCCAGCCAACCGGACGCUGGAGGCUACAGUCACUGCAGCGCCCCUGGUACACCAUAAGACGUGA